CUAAGAUCGAUAUUUGGCUUGCUGCACGCCGGCUGCCGCCGUUUAAUGCUUUUAAAGUCCUAUUUAAUUGUAAAUAAAAACUAUAAAGGACACAUAAAGGACUAGAAAAUGAUGCCAGCAGUACCACCCGAAAACAUACUGAACCGCGUUCUGGCGGUGCUGCGCUAUCCCCCAGUGGAGCGGGUGCACGAGCUGCUGAUGCUGAUGGAGCGCUGCUCACUGCGGGAGCUGCAGGAGAUAUUCCCCCACAUCGUGCACUUCAUAUUCGGUGUCAAUGGCAAUCCCCUGGGCUGGGGACUGCGCACGACGACACCAGAGAGUGGGAUGAAUGUGUACAAGACGCUGGAACAGUUCUUUAGCGUAUGCGGCCCCUGGAUGAACGUGUGCCACAGGCUGCUGGCCGAACAGGCAAAGUUCGAGAUGGACAUCAAUCUGCUGCCGGUGAAAUUGGUCACAAUGCUGCAAACUGGCCAGAGUCCGAUGUUCUACGCGGAUUUGCUCAACAUCGAUCCACAGACGCACCAGGUGUCGUCGCUCUCCCUCAAUAGCUUCGACUUCUUCAUGCUGCAUUUCGUGGUGCACGGACUGCAGCCGCUGCACAGCAUCGAUCCCGUUGCCAUGCAGAUCCACAAUACGCGAAGCAAGACCGUGUACCUGGUGCUGGUGAGCGAUUAUCUGAACAACUUUCUGCCUCUGUUUCCGGAUGCACGCAUCGAGCCGAGCUACUUCAGUGGCGGCAUUAAGGCAGCUCAGCCCCUGCCCACGCAGUCGCUGCAGCCGCUCCGCCAGCCGCGCUACAUAAAGAUCCCUAGCUCCUAUCGCAAUGGAAACAGCUCUGGCGGUGGCAGUGGCGGACCAGGAGGCGGCAACAUCUCGCCACAGUCGAUCUCUGCCAGUGUCAGUGCCGCCCGCAACUAUGCCUGGCGAUCAGAGUCGGUCCUUCACUUCUUUGUGGACAUCUGGCUACGCUACGACGUGGAGUCCGAGCACCAUUUGCCUGGCAGCGACUGGGUGCGUGCCGUACGCACCUUGGUCAAGCAGAUCCACUUCUUCGCCAGCGCUGCCCCGGUGGACCACACCUCUCUCUGUUCGCUGCGCAAGCUGUCCCUGAGCAUGGUGAAGGGGCGCAUAUAUGCCUUCCUCUCGGGUCUGAUUGAUCGCUGGCCGCUGGACAGCUCCCUGCUGGUGGUCCUCGAGCUUUGGCUCAGCUACAUCCAGCCAUGGCGAUACACGAUGGCCACUCUAAACAGCAGAGUUUCUGGCCACAGCUACAAGCCGGCCAUAACUUCCGCCUACGAUGCAUUCAUCGUGGACAAUCUAAUCGUUUACACGCACAUCUUCAUGCAGCUGCUGCCGCACUUUGGGCGCUUAGAUUACACCGUGUACCGCAACUGCCAAAUGCUGAGCCGCCUGGCCAUCACAUUCGGCAAUCCGGAUCUGGUGGAUCGACUGCAGCGCUUCGAGCGUAUGCACUCGGGAAAUUCCUAUGGCUUCGACUCGCCCCUUCGUCAGACGCACUUGCUGAACAAAUCCCUGCCGCAGAGUGCCCAGUGGUCGAGCAUGCCCAAACUCUUCAGCGACACCAUGCGCUUGGAAAUGGAGAACUUUCUGUUUGUCAUAAGCAUGGCCCGGAAUCAGGUUUUGCGGGAGGUUUCGCGCCUGCGAAUGGAGAUCUUGGAGAAGCAGCGUUUGGAGGGAUUCCUGAAGAACUUCUUGCACAGGAUGUGGCACGAGCCCAGCCAAGACGAGACGCUGCUGGCCGAUGUGUCCCGGGUGCCGGAGGUCUUGCGCCAGUGCAUCGAUUAUUUCUGUGGAACUUUUAAUGUGGAUCAAGCGAAUCUCUCCAUGCAUGAGACGCUGCCCGAGGAGUUUACGUCGCCGCCAUCCAUAUCGGCGAACAAUCGCAGCUUCUUCAAUACCAGCGAUUCCAUGCUGGACACCUCGAGGCUGAACCCACGACAGAUGUGGCUGAAUGCCUCGAACUUGACGGCGGCCAUCGAUCCUGCGCUCCUGCCCAUCCAGACCGGAGAGAUCACGUAUUUGGUCAGACGGCUUCACAGGAUAUCGGAUGCGUUUAACCAGAAGUAUAAAAUCCAAUUGCAGUCCUGCUACGAACGUCAGGAUUUCUUUGGGAGCAUUUCGCGGCAGCUUCUGCUGGCCCCCAUGAUCGAACAGUGGUUCGAUAAGCGCGACGGCGACACGGACAUCUGGGAGAGGACGGUCACGGCACGUGUGUCCCUGCGGCCUCUGGCCUCCAUGUUCCUGCUAUCCGUGGUGGCAUGGUCCAUGUUCAUGGGAUUUGUGUUCCUGGGAUCUGCUUUGCAGGGAAUUGGCGUCCUGCUCUGCCUGUUCAUCGGCUAUGUCCUGUUGAUGGCGCUCUGUUCCCCCUGAUUUGUUGGCUGUAGUUUGAGGUUUAUAUAUUUGUAUAAAAAUAAAGGGAAACUACGAU